UCUCAGUAUGAUUUAAAAGACAGCCCUGGCGUGCACCCCGCCAGCUUCGCUGCCCACACGAGCCCGGCCUUCUACCCUUACGGCCAGUUCCAGUACGGAGACCCAAACAGGCCUAAGAACGCCACGCGGGAGAGCACCAGCACUCUGAAGGCCUGGCUCAACGAGCACAGGAAAAACCCCUAUCCCACCAAAGGCGAGAAGAUCAUGCUGGCCAUCAUCACCAAGAUGACCCUCACG